AGAACACACCAGAAGAACUUUCAAUAUAAGAACACUUUCAGAAAUUCAGGAGAAGAAAAGGGCGGAGGACAGAAAAACAAUUUCCCCCUUUAUUAUAAUUUUGCAUGUUUUGCCUGUAUUUGAAAUUUACUCAUGUAUAAAUAUUCAUUAUAAGCUUGAUUUCAUGUUUUGAAAAAUACUGGAAUAAUAAUAUUCUAUUAUUUUUGAUAGAUUCUAAUGGCAGGACAUGUUGCAGCAAUAAGAUUACGGCAGUUUAUAGAUCCAGCACCAGAAAUUCCUCCAGGAAUUAUUCAUCAUCAGGGAAAGGAUGUGCUUGGUUACCAUCCAGGGCAACUGGCACGACUUCAUAUUGAAUAUCCUCCUGAAGGGCAGCCAAGACCUUUUACAAGACUGCAACCAGUUCCAGUAAAACAUGAAACUGUACAUCACCAUGAGUAUGACUAUUUAGUUCUGAAGCAGUAUAUCCAUUACCAAAGGAUGAAGAAGAGAGUCCAUGAUUGGUAUACACAAACCACAUAUAGAGAAGCAUUCACAUUGCCAUGUUACAAGUCAGAGGGCAUUGAGGAUAAUCUUCGCCCAAGAACCACUGCUGAGGCAUUGGCAGCUUGGAAAAGUACUUCUACCAAGAGGAGGGACAAGGUGAAGCCUUCAUUUAUGGGAGUCUGA